AUGCUUGAUCUGAAAGUCGUGAUGUCGAGUUCAGAUUUGAGUCCACUCGCUGCCAUGACAACAGCUUCCAGCAUUAUGUUUGGGGUAGACGUCAUCAAGGGCAGAAACGUCACCACUUCUGGACCAGCGCCACCCGGUGUGAUGGCUUCUGGUCUUCUCACCAGGGAAGAUUACCUGUUCUUUAAGAAUACUUCUACAUGGGUCAAGUCUAUCGAGAUGCGGAACCCAACCACGUCCUAUCUGGUGGUCAUGUGUGUUGUGGAAGCUUUCUGCGCUACAUUACAAACUUUGCACCAGGCUUGCAUUUCUUCCAACAGCUGUGGGAGAACCACAGAGUUCACCUACUUUGUGUACGUAGGCAACCUGUACCUGGGCACCUCGUGUCGCCGCUGUGUCUACGUCUUCAACUGUCUCGUCUCUCUACAGCGAUUUGUCGUCGUCGCGUUCCCCAUGAGAGCCCGUCGCCUUCGAGUGCUGAACCAAACUCUGCCCGUGUGUUCGUCAGUGCUGCCCCUUUCACUCCUGGCUCAUGUCUACCUGUUCUUCCGCUACACAGUCAAGUCCGGCAAUUCUCAGGGCUAUCACUUCGUCGCGACGACGUCACUGGCUAAAAGUUAUCCUCUUCUAUUUGUACACAUCGCACGCUCGAUUUCCUACAUCAUGGUGUACAUUCCACUCAUAGUAGGCACUUUUACCAACUCUGGCAUGGUCACCGCACUGUUCCUCCACUCAAAACGACGCUCAAAGAUGACCAACAGCCAAGUUUUACCCUCAAGUUCAAGCGGCGUCGCCGAAAACAAAAGUAAUAAAGUCAACAAAAGCGUCUCACGUGACCACUUGGAAAAACAGACGACUACUGUGGUUUUGGUCUCGACUUUUUUCUUCAUCCUGUUUUCGCUGCCGAAUAACGUGAACGUGUUAGUGAGGGAUGACUUGGACCAUUAUGGGGUAGGCCAGAAGGAACACUAUCUGUACUUGACACUCAAAGAGACGUUCACCAUUGGCCAACUCUGCAGCGACCUCGUGAGCUUCACUUCUUACAUAUGUCUGAGCAGCACCUUUCGACAACACCUCACCAUCGUCCUGUGGUCAAGUUUUUCUCUUUGUUGCCCUGUAGCAUGUUACAGGCGAAAGGGGAGCCCGGUUGUUGGCACAAGUACUGUGCAGAACGCAGAAGUAUUUUAAAACUUAUUCACAAUAAUAUAAAUUAGACUUGAGCUGAAUUUAAGUUGACUUUUGUUUAGUGUUUGAUUUCAAUACAAACGAUCUCCA